UGAGGCCGCGUGCUGCCCAGCGUGUCCCUGUCCCUACACGUGCCUCACAGAGGGGCGGCCGGCUUCGGCUCUGCGCUGCCGAAAGGCGUUCUGCUGUAUGGUUUCUGGCCGGUCUGGGUUUGAUCCUACAAAGCAGUGAAAAAAUGCUGCUGUGCGUUUUGGCGUAUGGAGGAGUAGCUUAGUUUCACUGGAGAAGCCCUUCGAAACAUAACUCGUCUGCUCUGCCAGAUAGCCUGCCAGCAUUGCUGCCAUCGCUGUGCUUAAAGGUUAAGCAUAGGGAUGAGACGGUUGUGCCUCUCUACUGCUGAAAGGAUAAACUCCGCACUCUGCCUGUGCCUGAUAGCAACGUGAGCGUUUAAUCCAGAUCUGCAACUUAAGAAGAGAGCUUGGAAUCAGCCAUGGCCGAAGACUCUCAAAGAAACUUCCGCUCCGUCUAUUAUGAAAAAGUGGGGUUUCGUGGAGUUGAAGAAAAGAAGUCACUGGAAAUUUUGUUAAAAGAUGACCGAUUGGAUAUUGAGAAGCUUUGCACCUUCAGUCAGAGGUUCCCUCUCCCAUCCAUGUAUCGUAUACUGGUGUGGAAGGUUCUUUUAGGAAUUAUUCCUCCUCACCAUAAAUCUCAUGCUUUGGUGAUGAACUACCGGAAGGAGCAGUACUGGGAUAUCCACCAUGCUCUUCAUGUAAUUCGUUUUAUCAGUGACUCUACCCCACAGGUAGAUGUUUUCCUCCGCAUACAUCAACUGGAAUCAGGCAAAUUGCCUCGAAACUUGGCUUACCCUUUGGAACCAGAAGAUGAAGUGUUUCUUGCAAUUGCUAAGGCAAUGGAGGAAAUGGUGGAGGAUCCUAUAGAAUGCUAUUGGCUUGUCAGUUGCUUUGUGAAUCAGCUUAACAGCAAGCACAAAGAUUCAUUACAACAACUACCAAAAAUUCUGGAGCAGUAUUUAAACAUUGAAGACAGUAGGCUUCUGAUGCAUCUGAAGGCAUGUGCUGCGAUGAGCAAGCUCCCUUAUGAUCUCUGGUUUAAGAAGUGUUUUGCAGGCUGUUUACCUGAGUCCAGUUUACAGAGGGUUUGGGACAAAGUAAUUAGUGGAUCCUGCAAAAUUCUCGUUUUUGUUGCUUUGGAGAUAUUGUUAACCUUUAAAAUGAAGAUAAUCGCGCUGACCACUGCAGAAAAGAUCACCCAGUUUUUGGAAAAUAUUCCUCAAGAUAACACUGAUGCUAUUGUCAGCAAAGCUGUAGAUCUGUGGCGCACACACUGUGGGACUCCAGCACACUCUGUCUGACAACUUUCCCCACUUAUGACAGCUUGGAAAAAAAAAGCAUUUAAAAAGUUUCCUCUUGCUGUUCUUCCCUCUUUGUGGUGUAAUGUUCUUCCUUUCCUCUCCAAUUUGAAGAUGCUAUUAAAGCAUUUCAUGGCAUAGUGAUCAAUGUUUUUCAAUAAAUAUGGAUGGAGUGAAAA